GUCCUCUUACUUACCAAAAUCUAGAAUUGUUUCUCCUACCUUCACUUUCCGGGUGACUUCUACAAUGUUUCACUUUGUUUACAAAACUCAAGACACAGCUCGGACAGCCGUUGCCAGCGCUUCGCAACCAGCCAGUACUCAACGCAGCGUUGUAAACGGACUUCGCUCGGACAUCGCAAUCCGCUGUCAAACAUGACAGUGCCCACACAUACACAAAGAGCGCACGAAAUACGCACACGGAGAAUUUACGGGCUUAGCUGUGAAACUGUGCAAAAGUUGCAAAACACUGUGUAGCAGUUGCAAAAACAAAACAAACGGAACCAACCAACUGCAUCACGAUCAAUGGCCACUGCAAGCCAGCCAGCCCCGAGACGGAUGGUCCCAGCACAGGCACGAACGGCAGCAGCAGCAAUCCCCCUGAUGUAGAAGAAAUCGUUAGCAGCAGCAGCAGCAGAAGAGAAUAAGAAACACACAUACACACGCGGAGAAAACGGGCAGGCGAAGAAGCAAACAAGAAGCAGUGCACAAAAAUAAUGAUUGCCGAAGGAACGGCGAGCGCAACAGGGCCCCCGACGAAACCGUGGUAAACAAGAGGGCGAGCGAGCGAAUUACAAGUGAAAAGAGGGGGAGGGUUGCGGGCGUGUGCGUGUGUGUGUGUGUGUCUCUGUGCGAGUUCGAAGGGAGGUGCUGCAGCAGCCGCCCGUGCAGUCGGCGCAGCGUCUUUCGCGGGUACGGAUUUUAUCCGACGAUGAAUGUAGCAGCAAAUCGCCACAUAAAGGAGGAAACCAGCAAUGAGCACCAUGCUGGUGAAGGUUGCGACGGUGAGGACGGCGCUGGAAGGGACAUUGGACAGGGGAAUGAUGGAGAAGCAGCCGAAGAAGACAGAGAAUGCCAGCAGCAGCUGCAGCAGCAGCAUCAGCGCAGCACGCGAACGAUCUACAGUCUCAAUAUGAACGUGUGCCGGUUGUGUCUGUCGGAAGGGCACGGGCACCUGCAGCCCGUUUACUACGCGCAGGACUCGCCGGACGAGAUACUGCUGCAAAAGAUACUGGAGCUGACCACGGUGGAGAUCACCUACGCGAUCGAUUUUCCCACCAGCGUGUGCUUGGAGUGUCUGGCCAAGCUGGACGAGUUUACCCACUUCCGGCGGCAGUGCAUCGAGAACAAUGAAAUGCUGAAGCUGAAAUACUACGAGCUGAAGGCGGAAGCGGAAGCGGAGGACGCACAGUACUGCUCGAAGCAGGAGCUGAAGGACGAGGAGGCGCUGCAGCUGGCGGGCGUGAAGCAGGAAGAAGAGUUCAUCCAGCUCGAACGAUCGGCCGUCAUUGCGGAGGACGAGCAGAACGGUGCCCCGGUCGACGAGCAGGUGACGUACGUGGAGGAGGAGGAGCCGGCCGGCAAUGAGAUUAUCAUCGGCGAUGGGGGGCAGGACGAGUACGGCGCGGACGAGCAGCCAGUAGCCGGCACGAAAAUACAGUACGUCUCGGAGGACGGCACCAUGACGGAGUACAUUACGGCCGGUGCGAUCGUGCGCCGGGAAGCUGGUAGUCCCGAGCUGGAGGAACCGGCCGGCGGUGUUGGUGAAGCGCCGCAGGAGAUUUACUACACCGUUGGCACGGACACGUACGCCAUUCCGGCGGUGGGCGGUACGGAAGCGGCCGGCGGUGGUGGCUACGUGCCACAGGUGUACGCCGACCAAACCGAGAUCGAGUGUACCACGAUCGAGGACCAUCUGCCGGAGGAGUACGUGGAGGAGGUGCCGGCCGUCACGAUGACGGCCCCAAACAUGGCCCCGAACAGUGGCACCCAUCCGGUGCUGGCUGCGUCCCGCGGCCGCCACGAUCGCCCCUUCGUGUGCAAACACUGCAAAACGAGCUUCAAGUACGAGCACAACUACGACCGGCACAUGAAAAACCACGCCAAGGUGCUGUACCGCUGUGGCAAGUGUUCGAAAACGUUCGUGAAGCUGCGCAAGUGCCAGCAGCACUUCCUGAAGGCGCACUCCUCCCAGCGGUACGAGUGUGACAUCUGCUACCGGACGUACAGCUUGCCGACGCGGCUGGAAAACCACGUGAUCGAGAUGCACUCGGUAAACGGUAUGUAUCGGUGCGACCGGUGCCAGGGCGAGCUGUUCACCACCUACCUGGACUUUAAGGCGCACCGGUUGCGCUACCACCCGCGCACCGAGGAGUCCACGGCGGUAGGGACGGCCGGCGCCGACACGACGCCCGCCAUCAUCAAGCAGACGUCGUUCUUCGAUGCGGUGCACAUGGAGCACGUGCUCAUGUCGAACAAUUCCUGCACAUCACCGGGCGGCGGCAGUCCCACGCCCAGCUCGGAGGAAGACCAGCAGCAGCAGCAACCCGCGAAGGAACUACCGCCCGCCCGGGGCAAACGUCCAUCCAUGGGGAGUGGUCCCGCAACGCCCCGCACACGAACGCGCACCAAUGGCCAUAACAAUCGCGCAGCGAAGGCGCAAAAACUACACGCGACCAUAACGACGACUCCGCAAUCAUCUGCACAGCACGAGGUCAUCCUAAUAGAUGACGAUGAACAGCAACAUCAGCAGCAGCAGCAGCAACAGCACCAACUAGAAGAUUCGCCACUCCCGAACGGCUGCGCCAGCACACCGACGGUGCACCGGGAGUUGCUCCAGCAGAUCGAGGAGAGUGAGGCGAACUCGCUCGGUCCCAAAAUGUACACCUGCGACAGCUGCCCGAAGCAGUUUGUCCAUCUGAACAACCUGAAAGCGCACAUCUACGCCGAGCACGACAAUGACAAACCGUUCAAGUGCAAGGUCUGCCCGAUUUCGUUCAAAACGAAGGAAAUUCUCGUGAUGCAUAUGCUACUCCACACACAGAACAACGGUACCACUUAAAACGCGCACCAAACCACGCCAUUGUGACCUAUUAUUAUGUGCCAAAAUCCUUGUCCUCUCCCUACCGGUGGUGGCAUCUCGUGUGUGAACUAAAUGUGAUUCACCCGAUUCAUCCAUAUUGGAGUGAGGGAGCAUGCAAAGGAUACAAGAUUUCAAUUUCCGUUACAUCCCUUUCGGAAAUCCGUAUUUGUGAGUGCGUGUGUGUGUGUGGGUGUGUGAGUGUAUGUGUGUUUUUACGCAAUAUCCUACCAUACCAUUGUAAUCGGUGGUGCUCUUCUGUUACGUUAAGAUACGAUACCGUAUUGUCUAAGUUUGCUCAUUCAAUGAGAGAUGGAGAGCAGAAAGAGUGGAGGAGAAAUUGAGGGUGUGCAGUGCUUCCUUUGUUCCGGAGUUCCUUCUGGAUCGAAUUUUUCCGCGCCCCACUACCCCGCCACACAUAUCGGAACUGUUUGUGUUUUAGCGAAAGGACUUUACGCAACAAUGGGCGUAUAUUACAGGGUUUUUCAGGAGGUUUCAUGCGUGUUGGACGCUUUAUUGACUCUUUCUUACUUGGAAAUUAACUUAAUGUGAUGCUAACUGGACUGUAUAGCACCUUGUUGGACAAAUCCAAUAGGAAUUUCCAAGGAGCCUGUCUCUAGAGUCCAAUUUCCAUCAUAUGGAGUUCAUUUACCAUAGGAAAGAGUCAAUGAAGUGUCCCACAACUAUGAGAACAUUAUUAUUAUCACAGUGUGGCCUUCCAGAAGCAGAAGCGACCUUCUGUUUGAGUUCUGUCUUCUCUCUAUUGCACUAACCUUUACCUUUCUUCCGUUACGGCCAACGGUCUGCUGUGUGCUCAUUAUUAACCACCCCCGUCCUCUUCGAUCGGUGCUGAUCAAUGUUACGCAAAAACACACACACAACAGAAAACAAUGCAAAUAAAUCUCGCCUCUAGUUUGGUAAGUGGCCGUUUCCUCGCGUUUAGAUCCAUUAGAAUGGUUUAGCCGUGCUAUAAUGCGCGACGUGUUUCGGUUGGGGCUGCUGGGCCCAUUCUAGGUAGGACAAAUUAGGUAAAGUAAGUCGUACGCGCACAUUACGCAAGUAAAAGAAUGACACGUUUUCAAGGUUAGGGUACGUAGUUGUUAGAUUUUAUUCAUUUCGUUUUUUUACUGAACGUUUUUCUUUUAUAGGGAAAUAGUAGCAAUACAGGGGACAGCCAAGUGCAGGUUUGCAAUAGGUCGAAGCGACUGUUGGAGAAUGCCAGGGCAACUCUUUAAACCAUUUUUUUAUCUUCUAAGAGUGCAAUAACUUGUGCAACGAAUCCCCAUGCCCCAUUUCCUCCCACUAUUGCUACUACUACUACUAGAGCCUGUUGUAAUGUACAAUUGUUGAAUUUAUUUUACAUUUUACACUCUCCUGUGCCGAGGACUACGAGAACUGUAUUGUUUUUUAAUCGUUCAUACUGUUGGCAAACAAGGUUCUCUAGGGUAUUUGUGUCAUAGAUAAAAUACUGAGGGAAAAUUGAUAAAAAUGACCAGUUCGGACACCCCUGAGGGAGACGAACCCCAAACACUUGCGGGAGAGAUUAUAUAGUAAGAGAACAAAUCGCCAUAAACAUAAACAAAAAACCAUGUGCAAGCAGCGCUACCUCUAGACGCGCAAAUGUAGCAUUAAAAAAAAAGAACGUAAAAUACUUUCUAUCCUUCAAAACGAGUAAAAGGACAGCAAGUGUGUCAACCAAUAAGAUUGGGAGAGGAAAAAUAGUUAUAGAAAUGUUUUCUAUGACAAAUGUGAACGUUUUUUUUUCUUUUUCUUUGUCGUGUUGUGUAUUGAUAAGACAGGAUGCAUGUUGCCGUAGUUUCCGUUUUCGCUCCGUUUCUCUAUAUAUUUGCUGUUGUAAAUGUUAAUGCACGGUUAAAGAUUUCACCUCUACACACACAUGCGCAAUAUGCAGAGACAGCGGCAAGCUGGAAACACCGUGUACACUGCGCGGCGUAGGCUUACAUAAGAUGUAUUAUGAAAACGCAACGGAAACCAAGUGCAAACCGCGACGAGAGAUACUACACACAGCCCAGCAACUGUCAUCCUAAGGAUCGGCAAACGGGCAAACUGUUCGGCAAAUAGAUAGAUUUCAAUCGUAAAACAUAGAAAAUAAAGAAAUGAUACAUCUCAA